AUGAUCGUGAAAUCGAUCGAAGAGACCGAAUACAGACCAAAAAAUGAAGUUGUCGACGUAUCAUCCUUAUAUGCGGGUGCACCCACAUGGUUUAGUAUUAAGCUUCAUCAUGGUGGGAAGUUUACUAAGUUACCUGACAUAAAGUAUACUGGAGGUGAAGUGCGUUAUGUUGAUUAUGUGGAUAUAGAUGAGUUUUCUGUACAUGAACUUGAUGCCAUAAUGCUUGACCUAGGUUACCCAGACCCACGGAUGAUUGAAUUGAGUGUUGAAUCCCCAGUGAUAUACUACCAUUUCAGGAUACCCAAUGGUGACUUUCAAUUUGGUCUUAGAGCUUUAGGGAAUGAUCAGGAUGUUAUCAAUCUUUCUAAAUUUAUUCAAAAUAACAAGUUGAUUGAAGUGUACACAGAACAUGGGAAGACAAAUCUACUCACAUACUUCAUGUCUCCAAAUGCAAAGGGUAAAGUUGUCAUUGAGGAAUUACCAGAAAAUGAUGAUCAAGGGGCUAAAUAUGAGGCUGAAGUUCAUGUAGAAUCUCCAUUGAGAAAUAUGAACCAUGUCAAUGAUGAACCAAUUGGUGAGUACAUGUCUUUGAUUCUUUUUGGGAGUAAAACUGAUGCAUUCUCUCCAGAGUAUAGAAGGGGUAGAGUUGGGAAUUCAAAAAGAGAGGAAGGUUCUUGUAGCAAGAGGCUUAAUUUAGAGGAUAUUGAUGAUUUAAAAGAGAAGGAAAACACUAAUGAGGGUGUUAAGGAGAUUCAUGAGGCUGCAACUGUUGUUGAAGGAUGCUACAAUCCAUUUACUUCAAAUAUUGCUAAUGUAGGGGAUGAGAUGAUUGGGGUUCAUGAUAAUGACCAUAUUGAUAGAUGCUACAACACCCCACCCAUUAAUGAUGAUGAACAAUAUAAUGAACUUUUUGACAACCUUAUGGAAAAUUUAAAUGGAAGUGAUGAGUAUGUUGAAGAGUAUGAAGGGGAUGUUGAAUCUGAAGAGAGUGAUGAAGAGUAUGAAAAGGAUGAAGGUGAUGAUCAUGAUGGGAAACAAUCAGAAAAUGAAGAUAAAGUGGAUGACAUAAUGGAUGAGGAGAACAAUAUAGAAGAUGUUGAUGUGGACAUGGCAGACUUCUUUUUAAAUGUUGAAAGUGAUGUUAAAGGAGCAUGUAUUAAUGAUGGUCAUGAACCUGAAGAUAUGGAAGUGAUCAACAAUGAGGAGUUCGAAUCAUUGGAUGAAGGAUCAGACCAAGACAGAGAAAGAAGAGCUCUCAUAAGAAAUUUGGGAAAAGAAAAAAGGUGCAACCUUGGGUCAGUACAUAUACAGUCAUUCUCAGUGGGGCAAAAGUUUAAAAGUAAAAAAGAAUUAAAGGAGUUAAUUGAUGUGCAUGCACUAGAAACAAGAAGGAAUCUAUUCUUUAAAAAAAAUGACAGUCAAAGGCUUAGGGCACAGUGCAGAGGAGUUGUACCUGUCAUCAAUAAAGGUCAAGUGGGGACUAAACCUACCACUUCAAAAAGCAAGGGCAAAGAAGUAAAGACACAAAAAGAAACAUGUGGUUGGUAUAAACAUGCAUCUAGGUCAAACCCCGAAUCUGAUUGGUUUAUAAGGACCUUAAACCAAACUCAUACAUGCUUACAAACAAGAAAACUCAGAGCUUGUACUGCUUCUUUAAUCUGCAAGAAAAUCAUAGAUCAAGUUGAGGCAGAUCCGAAGAUUCCUUUGAGAGCCAUACAAGAUCACUUUCAAAAGACCUACCAGGUGGGUAUUUCAAUGGAUAAGGUGUUUAGGGCAAAAGAUAUGGCAAGAAAGCAUGUAACUGGGGACUACACAAAACAGUUUGAGUUGUUGAGGGACUAUGCUCUUGAACUUCAAGCUACAAACCCAGACACAACAGUCAAAAUAGAUGUGUGUCCGAAUGGCAACCCUGCAUCCCUAACAAGGCAGUUUAGAAGGAUUUAUGUUCUUACAGCAGUUGGUCUAGAUUCCAACAAUGGAAUUUAUCCCUUAGCCUAUGCAAUUGUUGAGUCUGAAAACACAGCUAGCUGGAAGUGGUUUUUAGAAAACCUUGGGGAUGACUUGGAGCUUGGGAGCAACUCAAACUAUACUUUCAUAAGUGACAGGCAAAAGGGAUUACAAAUUGCAGUUGAUCAAUUGUUUCCCAAUGCUGAGCAUAGGUAUUGUAUUAGACAUAUUCAUGACAAUAUGAGAAAGAAGUGGGGGCAAACUGAGUACAGGGACCAUUUAUGGAGGUGUGCAUCAGCAACCACCAUUCCUGAGUUUGAACAUUUGAUGAAAGAGUUUAGUGAGUAUGAUAAGGAGGCAUGUCAAUGGUUGAAGCAAAUUCCUCCUGUACAUUGGGCAAGGAGUCAUUUCUCAGGAAGAGCUGUUUCUGAUGUGUUGAUUUCAAACAUGUGUGAAGUGUUUAAUGGGAAGAUAGAGAAAGGCAGGGACAAACCUGUAAUUUCAUGUUUAGAGUUCAUUAGGGAGUAUCUAAUGAAGAGGAUAUGCAAUGUCAUGAAGGCAAUGAAGAAGGCUAAAGGUCCACUAACACCUACAGCAACAGACAUCCUAGAUGCAAGGAAAAAAGGUGCUUCACAAUAUAUUGCUAGGUGGAAUGGGGCAAACAAGUAUCAAGUCACUGCAGCAUUGCAAGAUCAACAUGUGGUGGAUGUUAGGAACCAAACCUGUACUUGCAGAAAGUGGGAAUUAAUGGGAAUACCUUGCAGGCAUGCAAUUGCAACUCUGAAUGAAAUGAGCAAAGACCCUGAGGCUGAGCUUGACAUUUACAAGUGGGUACACAAGGUGUAUUGGCUAGAGACAUGGCAAAAAGCUUAUUCAUUUAAGGUGGAACCAAUUAAAGGGAGACCCAUGUGGCCUAAAAGUAAUUGUCCAACAAAGCUAAUCCCUCCUCCACAUCACACUCAGGUGGGAAGGCCUAAGAAAAAAAGAAGACAAGUGAGGGUGAAAGGUUAAGCAAAAGGCAGAAGGCAAGUGAAGGUGAUGGAGUCAAUGAGAUGCAAGGAGAAAAUUCCCAAGGGCCAAGAAAUGAUGGAGUGCAGAAGCUAUCAAGGAAACAUGUUAGUGUUACUUGUAGCAAAUGCAAGAAUAAAGGACACAACUCUAGGACCUGUAAAGGGCAAGGAGGGAAUCAAUCUAAGAAGUGAUUGUGGUUAUUUGUUGUGGUGCAAUGACUAUUUAGUUUCUUGUUGUUAAAAACUGUUUGUUUUUGAAAACUUUAGUUAUGGUUUGAUGAUGUGGUUAUGUAUGGUGCACAGACACUUGUAUGCUUAACUUGGUAAUGGUUUUUGGUUCCACUCAUGUGGUUAAUGGAAUGUUCAUUUUGGUAAAUUUAUGACAUGU